UUAAACUACUAGACAACGCUUCUUAAAAUUAAGUGAUAAGGCAGAAAAUACAUUAAUACACGAAUAUUUUCAGAAAUAGAUAUUCACAUAUUUACAUGUAGAUGUGUAUCCUCUGGCAGGGUUCCAUUUGUUGCCAGAUAAAUUGCCACCAUCAGUCAACUGUUGACUUUCUUGUGUCCAAGGCCAUUUCAGUUAGUUAAUCUUGCCACUCAAUUGCACAAUGGCAGCUGCUUUGGUCAGUGAGGGCUCUGUGGCCUGUCUUUGUCUACUGUACAGCCCGUGCACUCUUUUAGCACUAGCAGAAAUUUGACUGAAAAACAAGGGAAAUUCUGUUAAAUUGUAACAUCCAUCAUACGGCAGGCAGUUAUGGUAGUUUGUUUCAGUGUGGAGAAAUUAUUCAAUACAACAAUACAAAAAUGCCAAGAACACAAAUACCAAAAUACAGCAAAACACAUCAAGCAAGACCAAGUUAAGUUAAACAGCCUCAAAAUGAAAACACUAUUGCACACCCAAUUGCUUAUGGGUAAUGAAGUUCCUGUAAGCAGCACAAGAGGAUGAAGGGCCAGGAUCAGGCCAACUUAGUUCUAUUGUAGUUAGUUCUAAACAGGAGGUAAAAAGCACAAGAAUACCAAGAAUAUAAGGAAGUGGCUCCACAGUAUUGUAUAGGUGGCUGCUAAUACAGUUACAUCCACUCUGUUUUAUUUGUGGAGAUGUAUCUUCUUAGUUUUUUCAAUCAAGCAUAAUAAAUCAAUGGAAAAGCAGAAUUUUCUGAAGCAAAGAAUCAAAGCACCAUUAUUAGCAGGCAGGGGGUGGGUUUUGGGUGCCUGGGUAUUAAUUUUCAUUAAUUUAUUCUGUACAAUAACUGGUUGUUGUAAAACAGUUUUUAUAGAUUUUUGUGCCCUUUUCUCACUUUUAGCACCUGGCCCGCGGGUGUAUAUUUGGUUUUCUCAGACAGUGCUUGCGAUAUUGCCCAGCUAAUGUAAACAUUUUUCCUCCAGAGGCAAAAUGAACUGCCUUUAUGCUACUUUAUACAACUAAGCUUUUAUGCUAAAAAUAAGGGAAGUUACAUAUUUGCGUCUUGUCCGACAAGACGCUUUGAUGGUGUGAAAAUUGGGUGGUACAGUUACUGCUGACGAGAGCAGGAAAUGGUUUGAAAAAGGAGUUUAAAAUAACCAGCUUUGUGCUUCUCACUGCUAUAUAUCAGAGAAUUGUCCUGUUGUAAUCAAAACAGCUAUAAGUCAUCAGUUUCUGAGCAAGAACUCUCAUGUGGUUAGGCUGCUGAAAGAAGCUCAUGAGUGUCAGUUGCUGUGAAAGCUGAUUGGACAAUGUCAGAAAAUAUACUGGAAGACGUUUUUAUAAAGCGCUCCCAGCAGAAGAAGAAAACUUCUCCUCUCAACUACAAGGAGAGGUUGUUCAUACUGACACAAAACAAGAUAUCCUACUAUGACUAUGAUCCUGAGAAAGCGAAGAAGAAAGGCUUAAAGGGGACCGUAGACAUUGAGAAGAUCAAGGGUGUGGAGAAUGUGGUUACAGAAAAGAAUGCCCCGGCCGAGCGGCAGUACCCGUUCCAGAUCAUCUACGAUGAAGGCCCACUGUACAUCUUUGCGAAGACAGAAGAAGUUCGCAGAGAGUGGCUGCAUAAACUGAAGCAAGUGGUGCGGUUCAACACGGACCUGAUGCAGAAGUACCACCCGUGCUUCUGGGUGGAUGGGAUCUGGCUUUGCUGCCAACAGGAGGUCAAGCAAGCCCUGGGCUGCCGAGUGCUGGAGUCGCAGAAUGGAGCAUUUACUGGUAAAGGGUCAAGAAGAAAAUCCAGGAAACCACUUCCUCCUACACCAGAAGAGGAGAAGUCUAGACCACUCCCACCACAGCCCCCACCCCGACUGCCAGAAGCAGCCCCAGGAAUGACAGCCAUUGCAGAAUAUGACUACACGCCCAUGACAGACGUGGAUCUGAAGCUUCGCAAGGGCGAGGAGUACACUAUCCUCGAAAUGGUGGACACCAACUGGUGGAGAGCCAGUGACAAAAAUGGCAAGGAAGGCUACAUUCCAAGUAAUUACGUUGUGAUGGCUGGAAGUGGUCUUGAGAAGUUUGAUUGGUACUGCAAGAACAUGAACCGCAGCCAGGCCGAGAACCUAUUGAGAACGGAGAACAAAGAUGGAGGGUUUUUGGUGCGAGAGUCAAGCAAAGCUGGAAAAUACACCGUCUCCUUGUUCACCAAGGGUGUAGGGGAUUCAUCGGGUAGCUGCAGGCACUACAACAUCUGCACCAACCCACAGGGCCAGUUCUAUCUAGCUGAAAAGCACAACUUCCCCAGCAUCCCCGACCUCAUCAAUUACCACCAGCACAACGCAGCAGGCAUGGUUUGCAGGCUGAAGUACAUCGUUUCAAACCAGGCUAGGAACGCACCCUCCACUGCUGGCCUCGGAUAUGGGGUCUGGGAGAUUGACCCACGGCACUUGACCUUCAUCAGAGAGUUGGGCACCGGGCAGUUUGGCGUGGUGAAGUACGGGAAAUGGCAGGGGCAGCACGACGUGGCCAUUAAAAUGAUCAAAGAGGGCUCCAUGUCGGAGGACGACUUCAUCGAAGAGGCCAAAGUUAUGAUGAAGCUCCGCCAUGAGAACUUGGUCCAGUUGUAUGGCGUCAGCACCAAACAAAGGCCCAUUUAUAUAGUCACGGAGUUCCUCUCCAACGGCUGCCUGCUCUCCUACCUCCGUGAAGACCUCAAACACCCAUCCACCAUCCUGCUUCUGGAGAUGUGCAAGGAUGUGAGCGAGGGCAUGGCUUACUUAGAGUCCCAGCAGUACAUACACAGAGAUCUGGCUGCCAGGAACUGUUUGGUGGAUAGUAAUGGGACAGUUAAGGUCUCUGACUUUGGAUUAUCAAGGUAUGUCCUGGAUGAUGAGUACACCAGCUCUGCAGGGUCAAAGUACCCUGUACGUUGGUCCCCCCCUGAAGUCCUCCUUUACUGCAAGUUCAGCAGCAAGUCUGACAUCUGGGCAUUCGGGGUUCUGAUGUGGGAGGUCUACACCUUAGGCAAAAUGCCUUAUGAUCGUCUAAAUAACACAGAAAUUGUGGAUAAAGUUUCCUCUGGUCUGCGCCUCUAUCGCCCCCAGCUGGCCACUGAGCCAAUUUACAGAAUCAUGACAGUCUGUUGGCAUGAUAAGCCUGACGAGAGGCCCACAUUUCAGGAUCUUGCAGUUACAAUUCAAGACCUGCUGUAUGAGCUUCAAUAAGCCUGGAUUUGGGACAUGGACCUCAUAACCAUCCACUUCCUGUAGGACCUCCUGCCUU